AGAUGUGAGAUCUGACGACACGACUCGACUGCAUUCUUCACUGUUUUUUUUCCCUCAUCUUUGUGUUUCAUUUGAUUAAGAUGGAAGAACAAGGUGCUCAGCUUAUUCAGAAGGGCAUAGAAUAUUUAAAUGGGAGCAAAUAUGGCAGCCUUGAUGUUGAUCUUUUAGAUGCCAUGCUUCCGAAGACAGAGAAUAUUUCAACAGAACAACAGCCUCAACAAUUUGAGUGCAAUAACGAAAUUGAAACUACGAAUAUUCAUAUCCAAAGGCCUGCACCACCAACUCCUCCUUUGGAGGAAGAUUUUAAACCGAUCAAGGAAGAAAUUUUUACGGCGUCUCGUGAAGAAAAGACAGGUCGUAGGACGAAAAGACAGAAGAAGCUAAAGAGGAAGGAUGCCAAAAUGGCGCUGGCUCGUCAACUGGGCAUGGAAGACUGCUCAGUUCCUUGCUUACUGUCCGUCAAAGAGCUUAGAGGGAAGUUCGAAACGCGUUACAAGUUGUACUUAGAUGUAAACACGAAGAAAAAUUCCAAUAGCAGCAGUUAUUUGUCAGCUUACAAGAGAAAAUGGGAUUUGCUUCUCAAGCUUGAAGCGUGGGAAAAAUUGUUGAAUAAAUGCAGCCCUAAUGAACCUUAUAUAUCAGUAGAAAAUAAAGUGGAUAAUUCGGGGCCACCAGAGGAAUUUGUCUACAUUGCUAGCAGCAAGAUGCCUUCCAAUUUGGACUAUCUUUUUGAUAAAGAUUACCUUGUAGGAUGCAGUUGUGAACGUUGUACCCCCCUGACAUGUGAUUGCCCUAAGAACAGUGGGGGUAGCUUUGCAUAUGAUCGCUUUGGAAGAGUACAAUUUGAACCUGGUAAACCAAUUUAUGAGUGUAACUCCAGGUGUUCCUGUUCUAUCUCGUGCCGCAAUCGCGUUGUACAGAGAGGCAGAACUGUUAGGGUGACCAUUUUUAGGACUACUAACGGUUGUGGAUGGGGAGUAAAAACAAUGGAUCCUAUUUUAAAGAACCAGUUUGUUACGGAGUAUGUUGGAGAAGUGUUGACCAAUGAGGAAGCAGAGGAAAGAGGAAAGAUUUAUGACCAUGUGGGACAGACGUACUUGUUUGAUCUUGACUAUAAUGAAGGUGAAUGUGCCUAUACUAUAGAUGCCAAAAAGUAUGGAAACAUUUCACAUUUCAUUAAUCAUUCGUGCGAUCCAAACCUCAGUGUCUAUGGAGUCUGGGUUGAAACCUUGGAUCCAAGGAUGCCCAAAAUAGCAUUUUUUGCCAGUCGUGACAUUCAAUCAGGAGAAGAGCUUACCUUUGAUUACCUAAUGACAGCAGGAGAGUCUUCAUCACCAGUUAGAUCAUCUGCCAAGAAAACUAAGAGAAUCCCUUGUCAGUGUGGGGCUAAGAACUGUAGGAAUUACUUAUUUUAAAGCUCUAUCUUUAAAGUGCGAAUGAACCCUUCGACAACCCUUCUUUCACUACUGAUUCUACAUGAAGUAAAUAGUUGAAUGGUAAAAUAUUUCUUGAUUUGAG